AUGCCUGACACGAAUCCUCGACGUCUCCGUCCUAGACGGCAAGCUCCUAAUCAAAGUGAACCGCCAAGUGACACCGAGUCAAUCCCACAAAGUGAUGAUGACUAUAGAGACGCCGACCGUACUCUUCGUCAAGAGCCUUCUCAGCAGCAAAAUCCACUGCACUUCCCGGCACUAGAAGCCACUAGCGCCAACAACAUCCAAGCGAAUGGACGCCCUAUACUUAAUAUAGAUAGGAGCAACCGAAGUGACUCCACUGAGAGAGAAGUGCCGUAUAAGCAUGAGACCGUCGGUAACCAAUACCUCCGUCCGCAAAUAAGACCGAGAGAAUCACCCGAGUUUGAAAGAGCUAUUUCGCACCUCAAAAGGGCGAAGGAGGUCGUCAAAAAGCUCAAAGACAACACUAAAUUCGAUGCCCUUAAGGGCAAGGCCAAUUAUCGUUAUUGGGCCGACAAUAUAGAGCAAUUUUUUGAUGACAAUACCGUCACUCCAAUUGUAUACGGCGAAGUCAUUAUCUUGCCUCGCGAGCACCGCUACUUCCUGGCACAAGCUCAAUUCGUAUCAUUCGCAAGAAGGGCUAUCAAUAGCCACGUCUCGAAGCAAAUUCAGUAG